GAUAGGCAUAGAGUCAGAGUUGUCGAACCUAGUUAGUAACCAGAAACAAAAUGUCGUGGAUUUCGACUAAAGAACAGAUUUCCAUUUUUAGUUUUGUGUUAUGUUUCAUUCAUGUGAAUUGUGCUCCUCAGUACCCUGUUAUAUUAGUCCCUGGAGAUGGAGGAUCACAGUUGGUAGCUAAACUAAACAAAACAUCUGUACCUCACUACUGGUGUACCAAACAGACUGUGGGUUAUGAAUCUAUUUGGAUAAAUCUUGAAGAGUUAGUGCCUACUGUAAUUGAUUGCUUUGUGGACAACAUGAGAUUGGUAUAUGAUGCAAAGACAAGAAAAACAUCUAAUAGUCCAGGGGUUGAUAUUCGUACAGUAGAUUUUGGCAACACCACACCAGUAGAGUGGCUAGAUCCAAGUAAAACGUCACACUAUUUUCCAUUCUUAUCCUACUUUUACCCUAUUGUCAAUGACUUAGUGUCAAUUGGCUACAUACGUGGCGUAUCAGUAAGAGGGGCUCCAUUUGAUUUUCGUAAAGCACCAAAUGAGUUGGAUGAUUACUACAAUGAUAUGAAAAAUUUGGUGGAAGAUACCUACAAAAAGAACAAUAAUUCUAAGGUUGUUAUAGUUGCCCAUAGCAUGGGUAAUCCUGUAAGCUUGUAUUUUCUGAACCAUCAACCCAAAGCAUGGAAAGAUCAGUACAUUCAAUCCUUAGUUUCACUUGCUGGUGUAUGGGGCGGAGCAGUCAAACCAUUAAGGCUAAUGUCCUCUGGUGACAGUUUGGGUGUCAUCAUUGUAUCCCCUUCACAUGUUCGACCAGAGCAGAGAUCCAUGCCCAGCACAGCUUUUCUCAUGCCCAGUGAGAAGUUUUGGAAACCAUCUGAAGUCCUGGUGAUGACACCCAAGAAGAACUACACUGUUGUUGAUUACAAGGAGUUCUUCGCCGACCUCAACUUCACUGAUGGAUAUGAAAUGAGGAAAGAUACAGAGAAUCUGAUCGGUGACCUGACCCCACCAGAAGUCACGGUUCACUGCCUGCAUGGCUCCGGUGUCGAAACCCCUGACAUGCUUAUCUUUGGGGAAGGAGAGUUUCCGGAUGUGUAUCCCAAAGUUAAACCAGGGGACGGGGAUGGUACUGUGAACCUGCGAAGUCUCUUAGGGUGUUUGAGCUGGCAGGGGAAUCAGAAAGAGCCAGUGUAUCACCAGGUGAUAGACAAGGCCGAACAUAUGGCAAUACUGCAAGACGAGGCUGUGAGAAAGUACAUAAUGGAUGUAGUGACAGGAAAGAGAUGAUGAAACAUCACAAGUCAUUCAGUCACCCGACAUUUACAUUUAUCUUUGGUACAGAGUUAUUGUGUUAGACUCUGUUUAAAACUAGAUGCUUAAGGAUUUGGUUCUGACUAUUUUUCCAGGACCAAAAGGAAGUUAGUUUCUUCAUUUCAUAUUUAUUAAAUAGUAUUAAGUUAUUUAAACUUUUGACUUUUGUUUUGGAAAAGUUUAACUGAGUAAAAGAUUUUACUAAUUUAUAGGUUAAAAAUCAGCUUUUUGAAGAAUUCUACUACAUAUGUUAUUUCCAUCACAUUAUUUUAUAAGCAUUUGACUCACUGCUUGAGGUUUAGGUAUUUAAACCAAAACUAUUUUUUUAAUGUAAUUUCUCCCUCACCGCUAUUAGGAACUAUUGCUAUUUCAACUUUAGAACUGACAAUGUUCUCAUUAAUAUUGUUUUACUAAGUUUUAAUUAUUGAAUAUGAUCUUGCUUUUUAUAGAUUUUUAUUCCUCACUUUUUAUUCCAAGGAAAAAGUUACUGGGCUUUAAAAACCAACAUGAAGUUUGUGAAAUGGAUUGGAUUAAUGUCUGUUUUAUUUAUAUAUCAAUUUAUUCAUAAUUUAUGAUCAUACGAUGCAAUUUUGUUUCGUAAACUAUUUGCAACACAACCCUAUUUUAUUCCUAAAAUCAAUGCUCCCAUUGAAUGAAAAAAUAAGUCAUGAUGAAAUGGUGUUUGUGGUGGUUGUUGUUUGUUUUUUUGUAUAAUUUUAUUGGUCUACUGUGUACAUAAUUUUGAUUUUAAUUGAGCAUUUAUCCCAGUUGGUAGUGUUUCUUGAAUGUUCAUCAAAUCGUCAAUAUGUUUUAAAAGACAUCCUCAAUAAAUACGCAUCUUGUUUACAUUUGCCCUUAUUAUUUUAUAUGAUAAUAACCACUAUAUAUUGUUUUAAAUUAAUUUUGAAGUGCAGAUAUUAAAUUUGAUUUUGUUUAUGUAUUGAUUCUCUACUACAUGUAGUUCCAUGGCAGGAUGGACAAGUGUUGGGAUUAAUAAUGAGAUUGUAAAAAUUUAAACAGUUUUGUCUCUAAGUAUUUCUACUUGAUUUGUUGCGGUCUAGAUUAACUAGAGCACAUUUAUUGCAGCCUGUCCAGUUUUAUUCAGUGAUUUUUAAUACAUAGAUCUAGAUGUAUGUGUUUUUUUCUUGCUUUUCUGCCCACUUUGCAUGCAUUUGCUUUGUAUCUUAAGCAUUUUUGUUUUUGAUAUUAUAUUGGGAGAUGAAAGAUUAUUUUUUACACUAUCACAAUCACGUUCAACUUGCACUUUGCCAUACAACUGGUGCUGUUCUUUCUUAAACAGUAUGUAUGAUAGAUGUAUUGAAUGUAAUAAAUGUAAUUGAUCCAAGUGAGAUAUUU